GUAAAUCGGUUCGGUUGGUCCGGUAUUUUCUUUUUUUUUUUGUAAUACAAAAGUAUUGAAUACACAACUUUUUUUUUUAAAUUUUACUUUCAUUUUGGAAUUAUUUGAGGCGAAGAAGGAAAAAAAAAAGAAUUCUAGCUCUGAAAAAAAUUAGCGGUUAAAACGGAACACGAUUUAUAAGCAACAUAAAAGAAUUAUAAAACAAAAAAAUAUAAUUAAUUUGAAAAUAAUAAAAAUAUUUUAAUUAAUUAAUUUAAUAAUCGAUUUUGUGUUUUAAAUAUAAAAUAAGAAGAAGAAAAAAAUUUUAAUUUAAUUUAUUUAAAUCGCAUAUUAUGUAUGUAUAAAUUUUAGAAAUUAAAAGCGUGUCGUAAAUUUAGAACAAAUUUAAUAAAAUAGAAUAAAAAAUAAAUUUUGGACAAAAGUAAUUAAUAUAAUUUUCAAAGAGAAAAUCAAACAAUCUAAAUAUAAGAAAUACUUAAUAUAAAAAUACUUUUAAAAAGUAUAAAAAAAAUAUCCUAAUCAAACAAGUUUAUUAAAAUUUUUCGAUAAUUUUUUCCUCUUAAACAAAAGCUAAAAUAUUUUAAUUCUAUAUUAAUAGAAACAAAAUCUAAAUUUUCGAAAUAAUUUUUAAAACAAGUUUUUUUUUAUAAUUCGUAUCUAUAUUAUAAAAAAAAGUCUAUAACAAAUAUAUAAAAAUUAUUUCUUGAGAAAAAAAAGAAAGAAUCUUGAAUACUAGAAUCAACCAGCUUUCGAAUAUUUCGGAAAAUAUUUAAAGAAGAAGAACACACAAAAAAAAUCAAGGAUUAAAGGAAUCAAUCAAGACUGACAAUUUUUUUUAUCAUUCAAUAAAGAUGAAUUAUUCAUUGCAUAUACCAAGACCAUCAUUAACUGGUUCAACAACAUCAACACGUAGCGGUUCCAGUUCAUUACAUAGUUAUAGUGAAUCAAAUUAUAAUUUACCAAUAACUGCUACUAAUGGUAUACAUUCAUCAUCAUCAAAAAAUUUAUUAAUUAAUAGUCAAGAUAAUCAAUAUAAUAAUAAUAAUAAUAAUAAUAAAGAAAUAAUUAGUAUUGAAUAUAAAAAUGAAAGAAAUUCAAUUUCAUCAUCAUCGAUAUCAUCAUUGGACAAUGAUCGUAAAAAUCAACAAUUAUUAAAUAAUAAAAAUAAUAAAGAAAAUAAAAAAUAUAAAAAUGAGAGAUUUAAUAAAUCUAUGGAUGAUAGAUUUAAUUAUAAUACAAAUAAUGAAUAUGAUAUUGGUCAAUUAAAAAGAGGUUCCAGAUCAUCACAAGGUUCUACAGAUAGUCAUCAUAGUACAGGAACGGCUUCAUCUGGAUCAUUAUUAUUGACAACAGCAAAUCUAGAACGUUUUGUAGCUAUACAUAAUAAUAAUAGUAAUAAUAAGAAUACAAAUUAUAACAAUACAAAAGUUAAUAGAGAUGCUGCUGCUAUUAAUGUUAUAACAGCAACAACAAAUAAAAUGACUGAUCAAUAUUCAAAAACAAAUAAUAAUAAUGAUAAAUUAAAUAUAUAUACAAUUUCUAAUAAUAAUAAUAAUAAUAGUAAUAGUAAUAUUAAUAAUGAACAAAAUGAUAAUACAAUGUUAGAGAUUGAUCCAAAUUUACAUUUUAUUAAAACCAAAGAUGUUGAUGCUGUAUCAAUAGCUAGCUCAACACAUUUUACAAUGGUUAAUGGUGUUGGCGGGCCACAACGUAAAACCAAAAAUAAUGGAAUAUGUAGUCGAGGACAUCAAUUAACUGUAUUAAUAUUAACAAUGAGCGGUUUCUUUUUAAUUGGUAUUUUAUUAAUGGUAUAUUUAAUGGAAAUGCGUGCUAGAGAAAUGCCUCAAAUGUAAAACUAAGGAGUACAGAUUUAAGAAUAAUUGCAGAAGAUGUUUUUUUUAUACCACCUCGAACCUAAAUUAAAUUCUAAUUUUACGAAAAUAAUUAUUUUAUAAUUAUAUAAUCAGAACUUUAUACAAAAACCAAUUGUAUGUUAAAAGAACAAAACAAAAAAAAUUUUUUUUUUUUAAUUUAUCGAAUUAUUAAAUUUUCGAUUUUGAUUAUAUGAAAUGCUUUCAUUGACAACAAUAAAAUUUAAUAGUAAUAUUUGACGAUUGUAAAAACAACAGGUUUGUUGUAGCAAGAUUAUAGGACAACGUGAAAGCAUAAAAAUAAUAAUUAAAUUAUGUAAAUAUUAAAAUCAAAAUCGUAAUCAAAAUAAUUGUUUCAAAAAAAAAUAUUAUUUAAAAAAAAAACCCAAAAAAAAAACAAAGUAUUUCUUUAGAAAAUAAGAAAAUAA